AUGACAUCGUCUGAGGCUUACAACUUGCGCGACUUCGUCUUUGAGAAGAUAUUGAACGAGGAUCCUCUGCUCCACACGGUCACACUGCUGGGAACGCAGAAGAUAAACGGCUCAGAGAACGUACCAGCAAUUAUACGCAUCGAGAAGACUGCUCUACCUGUCUUCACCGACGGCUUUGUCGAGCGCUCCGAGCUCAUCGAGUCGACGGAUAUCUACACCUGGCUCUUCGGUUGGCUGCCCAAGUCAGACGAUAAUCCCGAUGUGAAGAUCAACGUCAUCUGUCCUGCAACGGAGACGCACAUACGCAAGUAUUCUGCGCAAAAAUUCCAUAUCGUUCGCGAGACACCGGCUCUGUAUGAACGCAUCGUCAAGCCCUACAUCGAUGCCUUUCCCGCUUCACGCACACAAUGGGUAGAAGAUAUCAUCGCCGGUCGCUCAGAAGCGUCGAAGGUCCUCUUUCGAUCUCCGCCAGACACGUCAAACGGCUUCCUCAUCUUGCCCGACAUGAAAUGGGACUUGGUGACCGUCAACUCGCUCUACCUCGUUGCCAUCUCCCUCACUUCCGAAGUCCGCUCUCUGCGAGAUUUGACGAGUGGUCAUGUUCCGAUGCUGAAGAGCAUCAAGGGAGAAGCUGAGAGGAUUGCGGGCGCGAAGUGGGGUUUGAAGGCGACCGAGUUGAGGUUGUUCGUGCAUUAUCAGCCAAGUUACUACCACUUCCACGUCCAUAUCGUUAACUCGAACUACACCGGUCUUCAGGGUAUGUCCACUGGACAGGCGCACAUGCUUGAUGACCUCAUAUCCCUCCUGGAGCUCGACGGUGCUUUGUUGCAAAAGAUGACGCUUGCGUAUGCACUCGGGGAGAACCAUGCGCUGUGCACGCCGAUGUUGGAAGCACAAAUAACGCUUUGA